AUGCUUCAUCCUGCAGUCGUCAUAUCCGGAAAACUGUAGUUAUAAAGUUCAGUGUGUUUAGUGCAGAGAGAUGUUAAUAAACUCAUUUGAAUAAAUGUACAAGAGUCCAAAUGAAGACCAAGAUCAGAGUCUCGUUUUCUCAGAUCAUCUGGAGAGUUUGUAAUUUAUUCAUGUCAGUGUUUUUCUCGCUGGCGACUUACGUGCAGAUAAAUGAUCCAGAUGCUGCUUUGUGGAUGGUUGGUUAUGCAGUUCCAGCUGGAUUGUGCUUUUUGAUUUGUUGUGAACAACAAAUAACAGAGUUAUUAUUAUGGAGGAGAAUGGCUGAUCUUCAUGUGCUUGUCGCCUCUACAUUUGGGCUCAUUCUGGGCUGGAAACUUUUUAAGGAGGGAAUUACAGACAUUUUCCAGCAAGAAGAAGGAAGGGAAUGUUGUGGACUCCUGCUGACGGUUUUCUGGCUGCUGCUCUGCAGACAUUCAGGAAGGAGUCCUGUCGGCUCCGUGAGGAUCUGCACUGCUGUGGGAAUCUCUGUGUUUCCCUUCAUCACAUGGAUCUAUUACUACAUGAACACAGAGCUGAGGAAACACUGGCCUGAACACUGUACAACUGCUCUCUGAUCAGACAAAACACUGAAGAAACCACAUCUGAGCUCCAGAUCAACUCAACUUUACUGAAGUGGACUGAUAAUAAGAGACGAUCAGCAGCUGUUGAUCUUAAAAGAAAUGUUUAAUAAUUCAAACAUUGUAGAAAUACAAACUCUUCAAACUCCAGUGCCGCAAACAUGAUGAUAAUGUUAUUUGUCUUUCUUCUCUCAAUCUCCUGCAUUUAUCUGAAUGUAAAUAACAUUACAUGUGUCAUAAUGCUUUUAUAAUGUAGAUAAUGUCAUAAUGAAGGAUCUGAUCUGCCAUCUAAAAGCUUAAA